UUCCAUUAACUUCAACAGAGAAGAGGUGGCAGAAUCUUAAAGAGGUCUAUAUAUUUCUUUGUAAUUUUUUGGAAUCUGUAUUUGAAGUUGAUGGCAAUGGGCGGGAGUACUCAGAUAAGAAAGUGAAGCGCACAACAGCAAUAAUGCUCCUUGAAUUGCAAAAAUUGAAUUUGGCUAAGCUUCCGAAACCAAAAUGCGUUGUCUAUGAUGAGAAGGUGUCCAAAACCAAAACUGUGGUGGGUUUUCCGAAUCUCACAGAACUCACUGUGGAGGAGUGCGAAUGUUUAACAGAUCUCGUCUCGCUCACAACAGCGACAACUCUUCUGAAACUGGAGACGCUACAAAUAGAGAGAUGCGAGGACAUGCGAGAGGUUGUUUCCCGAGGGGACGGCGAAGCAGACCAGAUGGAUGAAAUCAUCAUUCCCCGUUUGUGGUCAUUGUGGCUUUCUUCUCUUGAAAGCCUGGAGUGUUUCUUCUAUGGUAGUUCUCCUCUAUUUCUAUUUCCCUCCUUGGAAGAUCUAGUAAUAACUGGUUGUUAUAAGGUGAAGGGGUUCAUUGCUGAGCCUCCAAAUGGGAGACCUCAACUUCAAGAUGAUGAUGUUGCCUCCCAGAGACUUUUCAAUGAGAAGCUCUUUCUUCCAAAUUUGGAGGAAUUACAGAUUAGCACUAUCGAAUUGAGAGCUCUAUGGAAGAAUCAACUUUCUCCGGGGACCUUCUGCAAAUUAAAACUUCUUAAGGUGGAGGGAUGCACUAAGCUCCUCAGCAUUGUUCCAUCUUUUAUGCGGAAGAGGCUACGGAACCUGGAGUGCCUCAAAGUAGAUGAUUGCUCUUCAUCAGAGUGUACAUAUGAGGGAUUGGAUGCUGGAGAUAGCAGCACAUCAGCCGGGAUGAACCGUCAGACAUAACCUGAAGAUGAAGAGUGUGUGGAGAAACUCCAAGAACUGCAUGUAUUUAAUUGUCCGCAGAUACGAUAUCUAAUUGGGAGCAUAGAUGGAAAGUGCAGACAUGCGGCUCCCUGAAUCGUAGUACUUCCCAGGUCGACAACUCUUGAACUCGAGAAAUUGCCAGCACUUUGUAAGUUUUGGCAGGGGAACUUAUACACUUUAGAGUUGCCAUCCUUGAAUAAGUUGUCUGUCCGAGAGUGUGGAGGUCUAGAGGAAGCUGUUAGUGAUGCUAUAGAUAUACUACAACAAGAUUUAGACGACCAAAUUGAUAUCGCCAUUCAGCAAAAGAGACCGCCUUUCUGGGUUGAAAUUCUUAUCCUAGCUUGCUCUUUUUCUAUGUUUUCUAGCUUCCCAACCCAAAUUAUGAAGCUUGCAACUUGCAAGGCUGUAAAACAUCAAUGCAGGCAAUUAAUGUCAAAAGUCAAUUUAAGCCUGUUUGGAUGACAAAUAUAUUGACAGGUACUAAUUCUUGUUUUGGAUUAA